AUGGCAAAAAGUAGUUCUUAUAAGCUGGUGAUACUGGGAGAAUCAGCUGUUGGAAAAUCGAGCAUAGUCCUGAGGCUCGUUAAAUGUCAGUUUAGCGAGUACCAGGAAGCCACUAUUGGAGCUGCCUACGUGACUCAGACGAUUUGCCUGAAUGAUCCACCAACAACUGUAAAGUUUGAGAUUUGGGAUACUGCAGGACAAGAACGCUACCAUAGUUUAGCCCCUAUGUACUACCGAGGUUCGCAGGCAGCAGUUGUUGUCUACGAUAUAACAAAUCAAAACUCAUAUGAACGCGCAAAAACUUGGGUUAAUGAACUCCGAGAAAGAGCCAAUACUGCCGAGGUCAUCGCACUCGCAGGAAACAAAGUGGAUCUCGAGGGACAGCGAGCUGUUCCAUUCGAGGUAAUGUGUUUAGACCCUCCCAACUUCCAUAAGCUUUUUUCACCAACUUUUUACCUUAAUUAUCUAAUCACUACUUUCCAAAAUUAAUCCAUACGACUAUUCAUUUAUUUAGUUUUUCACCAAUCCAAACACAAAAAUUUAUUGAGUUUCAGUAAUAGUUCAUACUUUCCUUCCCUUAAUUAAUUCUAAACGAUAUUGUUUAUUUAGUCAUGCAAUUUAUUUACUUAUUUAUUCGUGCAAUUAGUACUAUUCUGCUUCUUUGCUAGUCGUGUUGUUAGUUACAUGUCAGUGUGCUGCGACACGGUCGAUAUAAAUUUCCCAUGCUUAGUUUAGCUCGAUAUCCCCCCACUAUGCUCUUCAUUUUGCUAACUCCCUUUCACUGCUGGUAUAGCGCAUUGUGGUUUAGGUCAUUUCAAUUGUUUUUUACAUUCAGAGGAUAGUUCCUAGUAGUUUGUUGUUAAAUCCUACACUCAGUCAAAAUCGUACAGGAUCUCAAUUUAUAAAACUAGGUGCCACUCAGGCUAACAAAUUGACUACUAGUAUAUCACACCAGUAAGUACAUUUGUAUUUCGAUUCGUCAGCACCUCUACCUUUGUCUUUCUAACCUUAUCUCACUGAAUUAUACUUCUUGAAUAAUAUCUUCGAACCCUAGUCUUCUUCAUUACCAUUAAUACCUCUACUAUGUUUAUCACUAUGGGAUUUGAUUUGACAUUUGCUUCUCUGUGCUAAUGUGGUAUGGCA